CCACUAGUUCCUGUACAGGUUCAUCCGUGAGGCUGGGAGGAAUCAUAUGCUACAUCCGGAUGCCUCCUUUUGGAACUUCUUCGAAGAAUGCAUUACUUUUUGCUCCUUCUCACUUGAAGUGGAUAGGAACGUCUGACCUGGUGUCAGGAGUUACUUCUAAUUGGACUAAGAUUCCAUCACCUCUUUUCAAAAAAGUUGUCAUUGUGCUGAUAGAUGCUUUGAGAGAUGACUUUGUGUUUGGGUCAAAAGGUAAACAGUUCAUGCCCUACACUACACAACUCGUGGAAAAAGGAACAUGCCACAGUUUCAUAGCUGAAGCAAAGCCACCCACAGUCACCAUGCCUCGAAUUAAGGCUUUGAUGACUGGUAGCAUACCUGGCUUCAUUGAUGUUAUCAUGAAUCUCAAUUCACCAGCACUCUUGGAAGACAACCUGAUAUGGCAGGCAAAAACAGCUGGGAAAAGAAUAAUCUUUUAUGGUGAUGACACAUGGCUUAAAUUGUUUCCAAAACAUUUUGUGGAAUAUGAUGGCACUACCUCAUUUUUUGUCUCAGAUUAUACUGAGGUUGAUGAUAAUGUUACCAGACAUUUGGAUAGUGUUUUAAAAAGAGAAGACUGGGAUAUUCUGAUACUUCAUUACCUAGGAUUGGACCAUAUUGGUCAUCUGACUGGACCAAACAGCCCUUUGGUGGGACCAAAGCUUUAUGAAAUGGAUAACAUCCUCAAGAAGAUUCAUACAUCACUCCUCUCAAAGGAAGGAGAAUCAUCCUUGCCCAACUUGCUUAUUGUAUGUGGGGAUCAUGGGAUGUCUGAAACAGGCAGUCAUGGAGGCUCGUCAGAGGAAGAAGUACACACGCCUCUGCUAUUUAUCAGCUCUGCUUUUGAAAAGAGAAAUGGCCCUUUAAAACAGCCGGAACUUGUGCAACAGACAGACUUAGCAGCUACGUUGGCAAUAGGUCUUGGUCUGCCAAUAUCAAGAAACAGUGUUGGGAAUAUUUUGCUCUCUGUUAUAGAAGGGAAAACAAUGAGAGAACAACUAAGGUUCUUGCAUUUAAAUGGGUUCCAGCUUAGCAGACUACUUCAGGAGAACAUGCCUACAUAUGAAAAAGAUCCUGGAUUUGAGCAUUUUAAGAUAGCAGAAAAAUCCCAUGGGAAUUGGAUCAAGCUCUACCUAGAGGGUAAUAAUUCAGAAGUCCUCUUGAACCUGGGUAAAAAGGUCCUUAAGCAAUAUUUAGAGGCUCUGAAGAUCUUGAGUUCUUCACUAAGCAAGCAAGUGGCUCAGUACGACAUGUAUUCGAUGACUGUGGGGACAGUGAUAGUGCUGGAGGUUCUGCUUCUGCUUUUGCUCAGCAUGCCGAAAGCCCUGAGCAGCAGGGCUGAAUUUGAAGUGCCUCUCUCGCCUCCACUGUUUUCUCUGCUGUUUUACUUGCUGUGCCUGCUGCUCUGUGCAGUUCAUGUAAUUGUAUGCACGUCAGCGGAGAGCUCAUGCUAUUUCUGCAGUAUAUCGUGGGUAAUGGCAGUUGGAGUGAUGAUGCUGAUUUCUGCGCUUAUGUGUGUAAUUUUAUCCACCUUUGGAAAGAUGCUUGAGAAUCCCAAACUUCCAGUUAAGAAUCCAGCUGUCUCCAAAUCCAGCUGGUCAGAACUAGAUGUGCUCAUUUUGGCAGGAACUGCUGGCCAUGCUGUGAGCUUGGGAGCAAGCAGCUUUAUAGAAGAGGAACACCAAACCUGGUAUUUUCUUAUCAAUACUCUUUGCCUGGCACUGUGCCAAGAAAUUUGCAGACAUUACUUUCUUGUGAGAGACUGUGAUCUUCAGCUUAGUACUGCUGUGAAACAAAAUUUUGAAGAUACUGGGGAAACCGCCCAAUUCAAAAAUGUUGAUAUACCAUCAUAUGACUCAAAAUUGGGCAAAGUCACCUAUUCAGAUGAAUUUCUAAGAGGCUCAGAAAAGUGGAUGGGUUUAGUAAGUCCAUGGAUCAUCCUUAUUUGUUGUCGGUUACUUCGUUCAUUAAAUCAGACGGGUGUACAGUGGGCUCAUCGACCCGACUUUGGACAUUGGUUGACAAGUUCUGAACAUAAAGCUGUCCUCUCCCUGCUGGCAGCCAUCUCUUUAGUUAUGAUCUUUAUUCUGGUUCAGAGAAGAUGCUCCCUGGUUUCGAAAAUAGCGAUGGCACUUGGACUCUUGGGAGUCUACAGUUACCGGGCAGCCAUUGGAAAUGUUGUAUUUCCAUGGCAACAAGACAGCAAAGAUAUCUCAAAGGGAAUUAUUGAAGCUCGUUUUGUUUAUGUCUUUGUUCUUGGCAUAAUCUUCACUGGAACCAAAGACUUACUCAGAUCACAGGUGAUAUCUGCAGACUGCAAGACAAAAAGUAUUGGUUUAUGGGAAGUAUAUAGCGGAUUAGUUCUUCUAGCAGCCCUGCUAUUUAGACCCCACAACCUGCCAGUUUUGGUGUUUUGUCUGCUGAUUCAAAUGAUAAUGACAAGAUGUAUCUGGAAGCCAUUACAAUUUGAUGCAGCUCAGAUUACUAUAAUGCAUUAUUGGUUUGGCCAAGCUUUCUUCUAUUUCCAGGGGAACUCAAAUAGUAUUGCUUCAGUGGAUAUUUCAGCUGGUUUUGUGGGAUUAGACAACUAUGUGGAAAUACCAGCAGUUUUUCUUACAGGGUUUGCAACGUAUGCAGGACCUUUGCUUUGGGCCAUUCACUUGCUGUGCUACUUGAGUUCUGAAGUUAGCAGGAAUUCGGCAGCAAUGGGUCAUGGUUGUUUCUGCUAUGCACUGAUAUGUUCUGUUCCAGUCACAGUCUACAUCAUUUUGGUAACCGGUCUGCGGUACCAUUUGUUCAUAUGGAGUGUGUUCUCACCUAAACUUCUUUAUGAGGGAAUACGGGUGUUCAUCACAGCUGCUGUUUGCAUGUUCUUUACAGCCAUGGAUCAGAACCGGUCUCAGAAAAUCCAAGACUGAAAUUUAAUAUCUUGUUCCAAAGUUGGUCAUCAUGGGACCAGUUGGAUAGACUGGAGUUAUAUCAUGAAAAUAGUAGUUUUAAAUUAUUCUAUGAAAUGUAACUAGCUUUAGUUGGUUGGCAAACUUAUUUUACUCCUGUUGGAAUUCUACAAUUGUUUCAUUUGGAGCCGACAAUAAAAUUGUAGAAUUCCAAUAGGACUAAAUUAAUUACAAAAGGCAUGUGUUAUUUAAAUGAACUUGUGUUUCAAAAUGUUUAAUCAGAAUAAACCUGUCUUUUCAUCAUGAGUUACAGCUCCCUUAUUCUGUACUGUUCUUGCAGAACUCAUCUCUUUACCAUUUUCACCAACUCAGUCAUUACCAUCUUAUUUAAUGAGGCUUCAGAUAUUACAAACUUCCUUAGUAAGGAAGUCUAACUGAUGUUUUCUCACUGUUGCUCAUAGACUUGCAACUUGUCACCUUUGCUGUUAAGGGCCUUGCCACCAUUCUGGUCAGUAGGAGAUUAAAUGGGGAUCCACUUGACCGUCCUCAUUCAGAUAGGUGAAAACUGCUCAUGAAGUUUAGAUUUCUUCAGUUAUUCUAAAACUGCUAGGUUUGGGCACAAUCUUGUAUAGCUACUUCUGGCUAGACAAUACAAUCUUAAAGGUAAGCCAUUAUAAACUGGAAUAACAUUAUUUUAAAGUAACCUUCUGGAUUUUAGUAAUAAGAAUAAAGUGUGUUUGUAAAUUGAAGAAUAUAUUUUUUCUAUUGAGUGGAGCAAAUAAUAGUUAAAUCUUACUUGUUAACAUAUAUAUGUUAAUUGUUAAUGAAUGGUAAAGGUAACAUGUAAUCCAAAGCCUACAUUGGUAGAUAUUUUGAUAGUUGAAACCUGACAAAUCACUGUGAUAUUUAAUAUUUUCAAUUCUCUUUAAACAUAUGCAAUUAAAAAACAUGAAUUCCCUGAAAUUGCAAAUGUAUGUAAAUAUAUAUGCCAGUGCCUAACCGGCUUUUAUAAAAUGAGAAAUAUGCAUCUUACGUGCUUUAAAUGUAUGGUAUUAACUUUGCAAUCUCCAUUAUGUGUAAUGACACAAUUUCCUUCCUUUUACAUUGUCAUCACAAAAUAAUGCAGGACAUCACAAAAUCUUAUAUCCUUUAUCAGAUAGUUGUGUUUCCCCUUUGUAUAUUUAACCUUUUCAUCAAAAUAGUACAUGGGUUAUGAACGAUAAUCCAGUGCCAGUUUUUCUAGCAGUUUUUUGAAGUAUGGAUUUUUCCUAUAAAUGAAGUUUUCUGGUACAAU